AUGGAACCUGGAAAUAACUUACCUCCACCGGGUACUUACCCUGAUGGAGAUCGUCAGCAGCUUUGUGUAUCAUGGCACUCAUACCAGUCAAAUAUGCACAACGCAUUUCCAAAGCUCCUCAGUUCGGAGCAGUUUGUUGAUGUCACAUUGGCUUGUGAUGGUGGCUCAAUAAAGUGUCACAAGGUAGUUUUGUCAGCCUGCAGUGAUUAUCUCGAGAGAUUAUUACUAGAAAUACCUUGUUCGCAUCCUAUUAUUUUCUUACGGGAUAUGCGUAUGUGGGAGCUACAAGCGCUUGUUGAGUUUAUGUACCGGGGAGAAGUUUAUGUCGAGCAACAACAGCUUGCUAAAUUGAUGCAGGCUGCUGACGUUCUUCAGAUUCGUGGAUUGUCAGGUCAAACACGAGAUGCCAAUCCAGAAACCUCAACACCACCAAGUGUAUCGAGUACACAUUCAGAACCGACGACUCCUAUUAAAAAAACCCCACAAGUCCCCGCUGUAAAAGAAAUUAUUGAAGACGAAGAAGAUGAUGAAGAAGACGAUGCACCAACUCAAAAUGACGACCCGAUGACUUUCCUGGAAAACUCUAUAAAUGUAACAUUAAACGCGAUAAACAACACUUCACUCACUGUCACUCCCACCGACCCCCCAGUUAGCGAACCCUCUAAUUUCCUGACCAUAGACCACACUGAAAAUAUCGAGCACACCGAAGCACUUCAGCAUUUGGAAAAAGCGCUAAGUUCUUGUGAAGCCACGAUGACCGAAACGCCUGGUAUGGUUAAAAUGGAACCCGACGAACAAUUUUUUCAACAGGACAAGCCCUAUUCAAUCAGUAUGGUACCCACGUCAAACAAUUGCAACACGACCAACAAUAGUAACAGCAACAGUCCCUUCCCUGCAAUCGAAGGUUAUCAAAGACGACAACGGCGAUCAGAAGCUGAGUUAAAGUUGGCAUCGGACAUGGUGGCCCGCGGCAAAACGUUUCAAGUAGCUUCCGAGAAAUACAACAUUCCGAUCAGCACGAUUCGCUUUUACAUGGUCCGAAAGGGGCUUUUGCAGAGGCGAAAACGGGGACGCGGAUCGACUAACAUAGGUGCGUCCAACAGUCAGCCUGGCAGCCCCGCGACUCCGCCAUUUCACAUGAUGAAUUACCGCUUGCCUGAGAGUUUAAAUUCAACUCUUCAGUAG